AUGCUCCCAGCAGCCUCAGUGCUCCCCAGCAGCUCCAGUGCUCUCCAGCAGCUCCAGUGCUCCCAGCAGCUCCAGUGUUCCCAGCAGCGUCAGUGCUCCCAGCAGCUCCAAUGCUCCCAGCAGCCUCAGUGCUCCCCAGCAGCUCCAGUGCUCCCCAGCAGCUCCAGUGCUCCCAGCAGCUCCAGUGUUCCCAGCAGCUUCAGUGCUCCCAGCAGCUCUAGUGUCCCCAGCAGCUCCAGUGCUCCCAGCAGCUCCAGUGUCCCCAGCAGCUCCAGUGCUCCCAGCAGCCCCAGUGCUCCCAGCAGUCCCAGUGCUCCCAGCAGCUCCAGUGUCCCCAGCAGCUCCAGUGCUCCCAGCAGCUCCAGUGUCCCCAGCAGCUCCAGUGCUCCCAGCAGCUCCAGUGUCCCCAGCAGCUCCAGUGCUCCCAGCAGCCCCAGUGCUCCCAGCAGUCCCAGUGCUCCCAGCAGCUCCAGUGUCCCCAGCAGCUCCAGUGCUCCCAGCAGCCCCAGUGCUCCCAGCAGUCCCAGUGCUCCCAGCAGCUCCAGUGCUCCCAGCAGCUCCAGUGUCCCCAGCAGCUCCAGUGCUCCCAGCAGCCCCAAUGCUCCCAGCAGUCCCAGUGCUCCCAGCAGCUCCAGUGUCCCCAGCAGCUCCAGUGCUCCCAGCAGCUCCAGUGUCCCCAGCAGCUCCAGUGCUCCCAGCAGCCCCAAUGCUCCCAGCAGUCCCAGUGCUCCCAGCAGCUCCAGUGUCCCCAGCAGCUCCAGUGCUCCCAGCAGCUCCAGUGUCCCCAGCAGCUCCAGUGCUCCCAGCAGCCCCAGUGCUCCCAGCAGUCCCAGUGCUCCCAGCAGCUCCAGUGUCCCCAGCAGCUCCAGUGCUCCCAGCAGCCCCAGUGCUCCCAGCAGUCCCAGUGCUCCCAGCAGCUCCAGUGCUCCCAGCAGCCCCAGUGCUCCCCAGCAGCCCUAA